AUGGCAAAGAAAAAGUCAUGCAAAGACUUCAAGUGCCUUUCAACGAAGAGCGAUUCCCACUGGCAGACGCCCCCCUCUGAGGCUCAGAAAAGCAAUCCUAUCGAAGAAUCGAGAGUUGCACAAGAUACGGACGAGAUGAAUAGUUUUGAGGAACCUGCUGCUAAGAGACGAGCGUUGGGCAGCGGCAAACUGAACGCCAGAUCUUUCGAAUAUCGCGAUCUGCAAAUUCGAAGACGACGACCGACUGAAAGCCAACGACCAGCAGAAAGUCAUUCAGACUCCUUUACGAAGGUUCAAUCUACCUGUAGUCGCGGUCGAGGACAAGAUCGAGACAGGGCACCUCAUUGUGGUGGCUCUCACCACGGUUUUCAAGUUCGAGUCCGAGACCUUUCCCCUGUUGAGGAUGACGUCGAGAUGGAGGACGAUGAUCUACCGAGCGACAAUCCUGCAGCGAGCCGAACGGCACAAACCAACUGGAUGAGCCAAGAAGAAGCCAACGCUGCUGUCUCUUGUCUUGGACCUCUUGAUACGAUCCCUUAA